AAGCCAUAUUAAAAAAAAAAAAAACAUUAUGAUUUAGACGUAUCUACUUCUUCGUGUAUUAUUUUAAUCUAUUUUAAGUUAUGAACAUUAAACAUGCGUUAAAAUGGAGGAGAAAAACAAUAGAUUAUGUGUAAUAUGUGAUCAAUAUUUGGACAUUGGCGUAGUCGUUGUAAAAGAGAGGGGACUAUUAAAAUUCAUCGAAUCGAGCAUCGCAAGGGGUGAUGGAAAACAAGACUAUUUUAAAAACCGCACCGAAAUAAAAAUACACAAAAACUGCCGAAACUCAUACAAUAAUCAAAAGUGUAUUGAUGCUGCAAUAAAAAGGAACAAAAAGGUAUCAGAAAAUAGAUCUGAAUCAACCGAAUUCGACUUUCAAAAUAAGUGUUUGUUUUGUGAUAAGGAUGCAUCAAUAUUAUUUGAAGAACAGCAAGCGAGAUAUCCUGAGUCCAACCGAGUUGCGGUAGGACAAGUCGAGACAUUCGAAACUCAAAAUGCAAUACUUCAGGCAUGCACAAUAAAUGCUGAUUAUUGGAGUCAACUAGUUCUUUUACGGAUUGGUCAAUUAAAUAUUUUAGAAAAAAAUGCUAGAUACCACUAUGAUUGCUACAAUAUAUUUUGUCACGCUCUUCAAGCACCUGGACUUGAGCAAGGCCACCAUGAGUCAGAAAGCAAUGAAGUUGCCAUGGAUCAAGACUUGAAUAUGACGGAGUCAUCGGACCACUCCAUUAAGAUGGAGCCUGAUGAUCCUGAUGAGGUGAACGUAGAGUUGGAGCAUCCUGUCAAGCAGGAACCUGAUCCGGAGGCCCCGCAGAAUACACUCAAUGUUUCAGACCCUUUAAGAACUUCUGAUUCUUCGAAACCAGAACCAGUAACACCAUUAAGAAACCAGGUGUGUCGUAUAUGCAACUGCGCCCUAACCCAGGACAUAACCAUAGUCAAAUACAAGGGCUACCUGACCCUCCAGCGCUCGAGCGAACUGCGCCAGGACGGCAGGUUCCCUCCGGGCACGGAGCACGAGCUGAUCGAAGUGCCACUGCAUACUGCGUGCAGGAAGAAGUACAGUCGGGAGGGAUCGAUUAGGAAGAGCAUCUGUAUGAGGGUGCAGAGAGAGAUGGAUGCGAACGCGCCUACGCUUGACGGUAAUAAGGUGAGGAGAUUAACACAGGCUUAGAGGAAUUAUCACAUUCAUGAAUGACUCAAUUUCUAAUUUCCAAAAUGACUACUUUACAAAUUUUUAGAGCUGACUAGUUUCCCAAAAAUAUAAAUACAAGGUGGCCAAAAACUAUGUGCAUUCCCGUUGCCAGGGAGGUUUUGGGAUUAUACUGAGUAACUUUUACUAUGGGACCAACUCCGAAAUCGCGAAUUUUUUUUUUACCCUCCCUUAGAAAAUGGACCAGCUAAAA